AUGGAUAUGGAUGAAGAAUACUUAAGAAAACAAACAAAAGAACAGAGAAUACAUGAUAGUUUACCAUGGGUUGAAAAGUAUAGACCAAAGAGUUUAAAAGAGUUAAUCUCUCAUGAAGAUAUUAUAGAUACGAUUACAAAACUAAUCGAUAAGAAUUCAUUACCUCAUUUAUUGUUCUAUGGACCACCAGGCACUGGUAAGACAUCGACCAUUCAAGCAGUAGCUAGAAAAUUAUAUGGAGAUAACUAUUCAAGAAUGGUAUUGGAAUUGAAUGCAUCCGAUGAUCGUGGUAUCGAUGUAGUUCGUGAACAAAUCAAAUCAUUUGCUGGUUCAAUGGGUAUAUUCAAUACCAAUCAAUUUAAAUUAAUUAUAUUGGAUGAAGCAGAUUCAAUGACCAAUGCAGCUCAAACUGCGCUCAGAAGAGUCAUUGAAACCUACACCAAAACAACUAGAUUCUGUAUGAUUUGUAAUUAUGUUGGUAAAUUGAUUCCUGCUCUUCAAUCUAGAUGUACUAGAUUUAGAUUUGGUAGAUUGGGUAAACCACAAUCAAUCAAGAGAAUUAAAGAAAUCGUUGAACAAGAAAAGUAUGAUAUAAUUAUGACAGACAAACUCCCAAUUAAUAUAUUCCAAACUCAUACUGACUGCCCGCCCAUCCAUUCCAAUGUUAUGUUUAGAAUGAAUAUUUCAGAUGAAGCAAUUACAUCGAUCGAAUUACUUGCAGAAGGUGAUAUGAGAAAGAGUUUAAAUCUUUUACAAUCAGUUUCCAUGUCUAGUGAUGAUGGUGUACAAAUAACAGAUGCCGAUAUCUACAGAUGUGCGGGUGUACCAUCUAAAAGAGAAACUGUUCAAAUUCUACAAUGGUGUAUUGGUGAAGAUUUUGAUGAAGCUUAUAAAAAUUUAUCAAAUAUGAAAAAAGAAAAAGGAUUUUCACUAGUUGAUAUUAUUAAAGAUGUUAGUGUAUUGAUUCAUAAAGCAAGGAAUAUGGAUGAAAGAGCUAUUACAUCGAUAUCUAAAGAGUUGGCAGAGAUUGAGUAUAAUCUGUCAUUUGGUGCAUCUGAAAAAUUACAACUUGGUUAUUUUGUUGGUGCUUUCCAAUCAGCCAGGUAA